GCUGCCCGUCUCACAGGAGAGCCCCCGCAUCGCCGCUACUAGCCCCGAAGCGCUCCGAGGGGACCCGGAAGUGCCAGCUGACCCGGAAGUGAUCUGAUCCCCCGGAAAGAUGGCGUCCCGCUGAGCGCGCCCGGCGCUUGGGCAGGAUGCUGCUGCCGCCCGGGCUCAGCCUCUCGCUGCAGGCGGAGCGGCCCCUGCUGCCCGUCCGGCCCCGCUCGCCGCCGCGGGCCCCCUUCUGCUUCUCGGCCCGCCGCCUCCGCUUCCAUCGCCAGCACGAGUUCUUCGAGGAUGGAGACAUUCAUAGACACUUGUAUCUCCAGGAUAUCCUAACAAAUGUUACAGAAGUGACCGAAAGAUCCAAGGUGUCUGAAUUCAGUUGUCAUAUUGUUGGGUGCUGUCAAGUGUUUGAUACCUUAGAGGGUUAUGAACAUCACUACAACACACUACACAGAAACAUGUGUUCUUUCUGCAAACGUUCUUUCCCCUCUGGGCAUCUGUUGGAUACUCACAUCCUGGAGUGGCAUGACUCUCUUUUCCAGAUAAUGGCAGAGAAACAAAAUAUGUAUCAGUGUUUGGUAGAAGGCUGUGCAGAGAAGUUCAAGAGCAGCAAAGACAGAAAAGAUCAUUUAGUCAAAGUUCAUCUUUAUCCUUCUGAUUUUCGAUUUGAUAGACCAAAGAAAGCUAAAAGCAGCAUCAAGCACAGUAAACCUCACUCUAAGCGGGAUGUGAGCAUGCCAAUGGACGUGAAUGUGGAGACUUGUGAGCAGUCGCAAGCGGAUUCCAUGGAAAUCUGUCCCAGUGAGAGCACAGAGAAUCCUACCCAGCUUGCGAGUGGCCCAAUCCCAUCAGUACAGGAGAAACAGCUCUAUAAAUCCAGAAUCCCAUCAACUGUUUGCUUUGGGCAAGGCGCCAGCCGAGGAUUUAAAAGCUUGAAGAAGAAAGCAUGAAAAGUGUGAAAGUCACUGCAGAAGAUUCCCAGAGAAUGACAAGUAAAGACAAGCAGAAAAGGCCUUGCUCUGUGAGGUUAAUAAAAGAUACAACUGUUCAUUGAUUGUUUGCUCGCCCCUCCUGCUUGAGCGCAACAAUGGAUAUAUUGAAUCUGCUUUCUACAGAGAACAGGGCAGGCUUGGGACUGUCCAUUGUACCCAUAGAUCACCCAAUACCAGCAAUCUCUGCAGCAAAGGAAGAGAGAAGGAAGGAAGGAGGGACUCUGGUGUUUGUAGGCGUUUGGGUUCCAUAAAUGCACGGAGGAGGCACACUUAA